CCGUGCAUCACAGCGCUGAAACCGCCGCGUCAGCCGCACCGAGCCACCGUCCGGCGCAACCCAAACUCGGACAACCCGUCCCCGAUGAGCUGUCCCGAGGACCCGCGCGGACGCGACGCGAGAAGCUACCGCAGCACGGCGCGAGCGGAGACAUGCGGCGCGCGCGCGAGGCAGCAGCAGCAGCAUCACCUGCGGACGCGCGGAAGGUAUCUCUUUAACCUCUAGGCGCAGACACCUGGACGCGGAGCCGAAUGAUCGCGCGCCGCCGGGGCAUGCGUUAACGCGCGCGGCACGCGGCGUACUUCGCGUUAGGACAUCUAGAUCUCGAGCCCAACGGAAUGAAUGGCUUCUGACACCUGUUUACUGCCCUUUCGUUAUUUUUUUUACUUAAUCCAGCGCGCGAUGUCGAUUUGCGCUUAAAGAGCGCGUUUUUGUUUAUACAGCGGCGCUUUGCAGCCUGGAUCCCGUCCACAACGAAAGUCAAUUCAACAGCGCGAGCAGUCAAAGCAACUCUAUCGGUGACAGAAACGGAGAAAGCCCCUCCAAGCCAAGCGCAAUGAACUUAACGACUUUAACGCAUCGCUUAAGUUGCGGAAUACAACGGCUUCCACGCGUUCGCCCCUCGCCGCCUGGAAACUAACGGAGCCCCGCGAACCUCAGGACAGUGUCGGCUCUCCCCCGUUCUUGGACGAAGCAUGCUGAAGAGCCGCUGUUGCGUCCUCUUCGGUGACCUCAAGCUGUUUCUGCUCGGGCCACAGGCUCCUACAAACCCCAUGAGCGGACAGACGGCCCGAAUCAGCCCGUUUGCCUCGGAGAACAACAACACGUUACGAGCCCACCGGCUCCGGCACUGGAGUACCCCGUCCACCGAGGACGCCGAGGCGGCUGCGGACGGAUCCUGGACCGGCGCCGCGGCGGAAGAGUUCCCUAAGGACCGGAGGGAUGACAGGUUCUCCUUCAUCAGCUAUGCAGAAGGAACCCCGGUGUGCAGGAUAUGCUUCCAGGGGCCGGAACAGGGUGAGCUGCUGAGCCCGUGUCGCUGCAGCGGAUCUGUUCGUAGCACUCAUCAACCGUGUCUCAUCAAGUGGAUCAGUGAAAGAGGCUCGUGGACCUGUGAACUCUGUUACUACAAGUAUCAGGUGAUCGCCAUCAGCACCAAGAACCCCCUGCAGUGGCAGGCGAUCUCCCUCACCGUCAUCGAGAAGGUCCAGAUAGCGGCGGCCAUCUUGGGUUCGCUCUUCCUCAUCGCCAGUAUCUCGUGGCUGGUGUGGUCGUCUCUCAGCCCUUCGGCCAAAUGGCAACGGCAAGACCUGCUCUUCCAGAUCUGUUACGGGAUGUACGGCUUCAUGGACGUCGUCUGUAUCGCUCUGAUCGUCCACGAGGGCCCGUCUGUUUUCCGUAUAUUCCACCGCUGGCAGGCCGUCAAUCAGCAGUGGAAAGUGUUAAACUACGACAAGAAGCGAGACAGCGAGGAGCUGAAGAACAGCGAGGAAUGGACGCGCUCGCUGCUCCACCAGAGAGACCCGUCGGGAGCGGACGCCUCUCCUUCGCCGUCGUCGCUGGUGGCCGCCGCUGGGACGCCGGCGCCCGAGGUGACCGACGGAAACCCGAACCCCGCGGCCGCGGCGCAGGACUCCUACCAGACGGACGCUCUCGCCGACGGACCGGCUUUACCGGACCAGCACUGUCCCUAUAAUCUCCUGCACUUACUGAGUCAUCUACGACCGCACGAGCCCCGCGGCCCGGCCGGCAACAUCAGCACAAACACCACCAAACCUAGGGAAGUGGUUAUGAGGGUCACCACCGUCUGACCCGAGGACCCUCUUCAGCACAGAGACUAGAAGCACAGCCUCGAUUCAUACCUACAACAAGCAAUGCGGGUUUACAAUCGCAUCUCGUGAGGCCUAAAGAGCAGCUCGGACUGCCGGUGAAUUUAAAGGGACAGCUCACCCAAAAAUGGACAUUCGAACGUUUACGACGACGAUGGUUUCCUGCCGAACACAAAAGGAGAAUCUAUGAGGAACCUUAAAGCACACAACAGCAACUGAUCGUGAUCGAGGUCUAAAAAGCGCCAUUAAAGCAUCCCCAAAAAAUUGUGUUCUACAGUAAAAAUAAAAUUUUUAGUGUCAUUGUCA